AUGGAUGAACUGUUCAAUGCCGCAAUUCCUGGGAAUGUUAGUUUCUUUGAAGAACCUACGGGUAAGGAUUUCAUUCUCGAGCAGGAGACAGAGAGGGGGAACUCUAUUCUUCACUUGGCAGCGAAAUCUAGAAAGGUGCAGUUCAUGAAAAAAGUCCUCGAUUUGCAGCGUUCACUUUUGCUUCUGACAAAUUGCAAUGGCAACACUGCACUACAUAUUGCAGCAAGAUUAGGGCAUUUGGACAUGAUAGAGCUGUUAAUAACUACUUGUGCAGAAGAACAAGAAGCUGCAGAGAAAUUCUUGCUACUAAGAAAGAGAAAUUUGGAGGAAAAUACUGCACUGCAUGAGGCUAUAAGAAAUAAUUAUUAUGACAUUGUGAAGUUACUAAUUUGGGAAGACCCAGAGUUGGCUUCGUUUACAAAUAAAGCAGGGGAAUCCCCUCUCUUUUUAGCAGUGGAUCAAGAAUUUUUCAUGUAA